UCUGCUCUGAGCAAAAUGGAGCAAAAUUCCCUUCUACAUAUGUCUAAAGUCUGUGCCCACCUCGAAUCUCGACAGUACAGAGUACAGUUCAAUUUGUUAAAUUUAUUCAAUGCUGUUCAAUACGUCAUGUCUUGAAGGUGAAAUAAGGAUAUAUUCGAGUUUCAAAGAAAAAAGAAGAGAAGUGACCGAGCAUUGCUGUACAAACCGAACGAAUUUUUUCUUGACUUUAAUCGUGAUGAUCUAAUCUAUGAUCUAAUUAGGAACCAUUAUUAGAAGAUAAUUUGCAAACGACGUCACAAAAUUGAUGAGAUUUUGAGACAAUCUGCGACAGAACGAACAUGGAUGACGAAACGUUGAAUAGACUAGCAGCAGAAGCUUUACUAGAAGAAGCCAGACUUGGUGCACGAAGGGCCGAAAUAAUGGGUCCCAGUGGAUGGGUGAAACCUAAAGAAACCAUUAACAAAAGAUUCCUCCAUUCAACAUUACGAAAUGCAGUAAUAUCAAACAAGCAACGAUCUCUGAAGCAAGAAAAAGUAAAAGUUCAACCACUUAAAGACACUGUUAAAAAGUCGUAAUGUAGCACUGUUUUUCGCAUAUGUAUUUAUAUGUUUUUGGUAUAUAUUUUUAACAAUUUCUCAUUUCUUGUUAAGAGAGAAA